GGCCCCCCUUCUUGCCACUUCUAGCUUGUCCAGGAUGCAGCCGAACAGAGAGACUUCGGAUGAACUAGCCAUCAUUGAUGAGCUGAUUAAAGAAGAUGGUUUUGGUGAGGACGGGGCCCCCAAGUUGAUUCCCAGAAGCACCAACUUCGCCCCGUCGGAGAUGGAAAGAGCUGGAAGGAUGAGCCUCUUGCUGGAGCCUUAUGGGGUCUCGGACCUCCCUACUCCGGGCUCACCCCAGGAUUCCUUCCCCCAACAGCUGUCCCGGACCCUCAAUAGUUUGUCUUUGCAGCCCCAGCUGGUUCCGAGGGGGCUGCCGCCCCUUCCGCUGCCCUCCAGCCGGGAUUUGGACGCUCUUUGGCCAGCUCCCGGCCCUUCGGGGUGUUCCACGGUGGCCCCAAAACCUCUGGAUGAAACGAUGCGUGACCCGCCCAAACUGGUGAUCAUCGAGCAGCCGAAACAACGGGGGAUGCGCUUCCGGUAUCAGUGCGAAGGACGGUCAGCCGGGAGCAUUUUGGGAGAAGGGAGCAGCGAGACCAACAAAACGCUGCCCACCAUUGAGCUGCAGAACUUUGAGGGGAUCCCGGAAGUGAAAGUGACGGCUUGCUUGGUCUGGAAGGACUGGCCUUAUCGUAUCCACCCUCACAGCCUGGUAGGGAAGGACUGCAACAACGGGCUCUGUGAAGUGACCCUGAAGCCUCGAAUCAAUGCCAGGCAUAGGUAUAUCGCUCCGUCUCCGAGACAGAGGGUUUGGGGUGUUGAAAUGAUGAUGAUGGCCUGGGAUGACCCCAGAGUGGGAUACAAAAGCGACAGAGUCACCAAAACGGCGUUGCUUCUCCAUCUUUACUUUGCAGAAGACAUCUCUGUCAUUUUCCGGAAAGACGCUUGGGAGGGCAGAGCUGAUUUUUCCCAAGCGGACGUCCAUCGGCAGAUUGCCAUUGUGUUUAAGACUCCUCCUUACCAACACCUGGACAUCCUGGAGCCCGUGGAAGUGGAGGUCUACCUGCGUCGCUUGACAGACAGCGUUUCCAGCGAACCGUUCAUGUUCACCUACCUGCCCAAAGAUACAGAUACAUACCGGGUCAACAAAAAACGGAAGCAAGGGAUGCCUGAUGUCCUGGGAGAACUUUCUGGUCCAGAUCCUCAUGGGAUUGAAGCAAAAAGGAAGAAGAAGAAGCCCGACUAUAUGGACCAUUUCAACUUGACUCCUUCAGCAGACUUCUCCCUGCCCUCUCCGGACGACCGGGGUUUCCAGGCCAGCAUGGAGCGCAUCACGUUGCCGGAUCUCUUUGAGGAAUUUGGUCGUUUUCCCAGCUUUUCACCUUACAGCGGCCCCAGCUUGAGCGAUGUGGUGCUGCCUUCUUCUACGAGCUACGAAGAGAGAGCGGAACGGGAAUUCUUGCUUGAUGCUUAUUCGGUCCAUUCGGGCAUCACCAUCCCUCUGCCGCUGCCUGGAGAUUGUGAUCCCGAAGGUGUGGCGACCUUGGUGGGAAGCAGCAUGUUCCCCAGUCAGUACAAAGAGGACGAAGAAGAUCUAGAAACGGAGAACAUCGCAGACGUGUGACGGAAGGGCCCUAGUCUCUCCACGUUGGGGGAGAAACCAAGAAAAAGACUUUUUCCUUGCUGACAACCGAAGGAGGGAAAAGUUGGUAGUGAUCUCUGCGGGACGGCACUCUCUGUGAGAAGGCGACUGGAGAAAACACGGAAGGGAAAAAGAUUGCACUCCUUGUGGAAUAAUCCUAGAAGAGAAACGGCAUCUUCGAGUGGGAGGGACUUCCUGUUUUCUCUUCCUCGAUUCUCUCACAGCGCGUAAACUCCGAGCAGCGAGAACAGGAGGGAUCUUCGAAUGCCCGUGACGCUGCAGGAUGGUUUCUUGCCUUUGGCUUAGUGUGCACAAACCUAGGUUGAAAAAUAAUAUAGGUAGUCCUCGAAUUACAACCACACAACG